CCCAUUUCAAACGAAAGAGCGUCUGUUUACUUCUCCCAAUCGUACGACACUGGCCAGACUUAUUUUCGUCCACUCGGUACGAAAGACUCCCAAAUAUUUCCACGUAAAAAGCAAUCAAACCUCGGGCGCGGUUGCCAGCUCUCCGUUCAGCCGGGUCGACCUUUCUUUCAGUGGUUUCAGUUUCAGCCAGUUCUCCCGAUUGGAGCGCCAUCUGGCCGUAUAAAACUCCUAUCCCGUCUUGCUCUUUGCUCCACUUCUGGUCCAAUCUUACUAGAAGGCAACUUAGCAGUACAAUCUCGCAAUGGUAAGUGAAAAUUUGAGAAAUCCGCACGGCCAACUAGAGCUUUCAAAAAAAAAACGAUGGAGCCAAAGACGACGCUUGGGGAGCCUGCUUACAAAAGGGCUUUCAAAUUCUGGAAACAGAAGAUUUACAAGUCGAAAAUAGUAUUGAGCUUUUUUUACUAAUCAUCUCUUGGACUAGGGUUAACGUAAAGUGAUAUUUCUUUCAGAUUUUUAUCAGCUAUAGGCUGAUCUUAGUGCCAGGGACGUCGAAAGGGCCAACUUCGUUUUUUCCAUCUACGAUUUUGAAGGAAAUGGCACAGUGGAUGCUGUCAACUUGGGUGACAUGCUCAGAGCCCUCAACCUCAACCCAACAUUGGUCACCAUUGAGAAAGUCGGUGGAACAAAAAAGAAGAAUGAGAAGAAAAUGAAAGUCGAAGAAUUCCUCCCCAUCUACAGCCAAGUCAAAAAAGACAAAGAACAAGGUACAUUCGAUGACUUCCUAGAAUGCCUAAAACUAUACGACAAAGAAGACAAUGGUAAAAUGAUGGCAGCUGAGCUGUCACACACACUUCUAUCACUUGGUGAAAGGUUAGAAGACGCAGAAACAGAAGAAGUAUUAGCCGAUUGCAUGGAUAAAGAAGACGAUGAUGGAUUCAUCCCUAUUGAACCAUUCCUCAGAAAGAUGAUGGCGUAAGCAGUUAUUUUAGUUUUAUUAUUUUUGAUCACCUGAAGAUGUGCUGCUGAAAAAGUUGGCUUUAUCAACACCAAGACAGGUCAACCAGAAGUCGACGAAAACCUUCAAUCAAAGUUUUUUGGCACUGCCAUUAUCACCAUCAGUUUUUGAAAAUACUGGAAUACAAUGUAUUUAUUUUCAAAUUAUUUUAUUAUGUUAUGUAAAAAUAUAUUAUUGAAACAUUCGAUUGAUAUUAUAUCUAUAUUUUAUUGUCAUGAAUAAAAAAAAUAAUGGAAUCUAGAUUUCAAUAUGUUAAUAAAGAAAAUUACCAGUAA